AUGCCUGCUCUCCAAGAGACCAAAUCCGCCAACGCAGCCCUCGUCCCGACGUCCUACACGCCCGUACUGAUUGUGGUCGGCGGCACCUCAGCCAUCGGUGCGGAAGUCGCCAAGGCGUUCGCGCGCCACACGCAGGGCAAGGCGCACAUCAUCAUCGUCGGCCGCAGCGAGCGCUCCGCGCGCGCGGUCCUCGACGCGUUCCCGAAGCCAAUCUCGCGAGGUGCGCGCGCUCGUAAAGAAGAUCAAGGAAAAGCUGCAGGCGCUCCGGGCGGCGGGAGGAUCAACUAUCUGUUCCUGAGCGCGUCGUCGCCGGUGUCGAAUUCACUGAUGGAGGCAGCGGUGACGAAAGAGGGACUGAGCGAGCAUCUGGCGUCCAAAUUCUUUGCGCGAUACCUCAUCGCUCGCGAGCUGCUCCCGCUGCUUGCGAAAGCGCACGAGCUGGACCAGGUGACGAGCCUGAUGACCGUCCUCGCCGCAGGAAACGCAGUGCCGCUCCCGACGACGGACCUUGAUCUCGCGGAGUCGCGGAAGGCAGGGAGGACGUGGCUGGAUGGCGCAUUCCCGCGUCUCGAAGCGUUCAAAGGCAUGCAAUACGGUGGAGCGUACAACGAUGCGCUCGUAGCGGUGAGUCUACUUCCACGCAACGAAUCCUUGGCUCAGCUGCACGUACACGUACCCGGGCCAGGUCCUGCCUCGGGAAAGCCGGGAUUCACGUUUGGAUACCUGAUGCUCCCCCUCACGGGGCUUGUGCGGGUUCUCCGGUACUGGACACAAAUCUCCCUCGAGGACUGCGGAGAGUACCAGCUCCACGCGCUGCUUGCUCCGGGAAAGAAUGGCGGCGUUUUUCUGCGCGGAAAGCAUGCGGAUCUGAUAUCCAGUGUCGCUUUGGAUAAGGAGGUGGUGUUGAGCGAGUCGGGUGAUGAUUCUAUCGUGAGCGGGGUUGUCUUGGCUGGUCAUGCUGUGGCUGGAUACGGCGGAUCCGACGCGAGGGUGGCGAAGCUGAUACACUGGACGGAUGGCGUCCCGAGAAACUAACAAAUGGAAUUAAACCCCUAGUUGUAAUCUGUAAUGUGCUUUGCGACCGUGUAGAUG